AUGGCUUUUGUGCAACUCAUUGGAAAAUCCUUUUCAAUUGUGACAAAUGACGAUGGCAUCAAGACACUCUUCUUGUGGAUUCACAAUUUACAUCAAGCUUAUGAGAGUGAUUUGAUUACAUCGCUUGCCAUUCCUGUUCUCGUCAUUGUUGCAAUUGGAGAAAUCUACUUCGUAAUUCUCAACGGAUUAUUAAUCUUUGCCAUUCCUGGACUUCCGCAGAAGAAUGAAUUUCUUAUCUAUCAACACAUUAAUCAAGCCAUUAAUAUAAUGCCGUCGACAAUCGCAAUUGUGCUUUAUGACACUAUUCUUAUCAGCAUUGGACUGUACUUCAUCAGUUCACUGGACAUCUUUCACGACAUGAUUACCUGCCUUGACGAUUCGAAGCUGAGAAACAAGAGUCAAUUCGUGAAAAUGUGCUACACUUUUCACUGUGAACUUCUCACCAUUCUUGACACAUUCAAUUAUGUCUUCUCCUACACUUUAACAGUUCAAGCUGUAACGAGUUUUGGUUUUCUCCUCUUUGUGUUCUAUCUUAUCAAAAUUCCUGGCGCAAUUGCUCUCUUUCCUCUGCUUCUCGCGAUAUUUGCACAAUUUGGAGCACUUUGUCUCUUUGGACAAGUGAUAUUUACGAAAUCCGAACGCAUCUUUGUCACUCUGUACUUGACCAAGUGGUAUGAAUUCAACUUGAAUGAUCAGAAAUUGAUGCUUAUGAUGAUGAAAAUUUGCGGAAAUUCACUGGGUUUCAAGGCAGCCGGAAUUUAUGACAUUAACUUGAUGAUGUUUAUACAAGGAGUCAAAUUCGGAUUUUCCUAUUGUGCUCUCAUUUACUCACUUUCCCUUAAUUAA